AUGAACAACAGUGUCUACUAUUUCCUCUUUGAUUCUGUCGUCAACACCUACCUCAUCAAGCACUGCUCACUGCAUCCGCCUACUUCAGCACAGAUUGGUCUGGUAGUGCACUCGGCCUGCAACUACUUCGCGCCUGUGGAGUUCCCAGCCGUCGUGGAUCUCGCCCUACGAGUGAACAAGCUUGGCAAAAGCUCUGUCACGUACGAGAUUGGUGUGUUCGAGCGUGGGCAAGAGGAAGUCAAAGCCGUUGGAGAGUUCGUCCACGUUUUUGUGGAUCGUGAGAGUCGCCGACCAGGCGCCUUCGGAAUGUCCGAAGAGCUGAAGCGAGGGCUGCAGAAACUCUCUGCAGCUGAAGCAAAGCUAUAG